UGUCUAGUACUCCAGUUCUUAAAUCUUGUGUGUAUAUCUGAACUAAACCCUUUUUGCCCAACCCGACCCGGAUCAACCCCAGAAUUCUACUUGCUUGUUGAAUUUUCGAGAAUCUGGGAAAAGCUACUGUGUAAUGAACUGCUUGUUUCAUGCCUAUUCAGCUACAUUGUUAUUAAGGAGUAGUCGUUUUGUGUAUAAGAGCUCGACUUGUUGGUUUUCAACUAUCUCGUUUAAAAGGAGACAUGAAUAUGAUGCUUUAAAGUCGGUUAAUUUGGAUUUUUUGCUGACGAGAUUUGGUGUCCGGUGCUACGCUACUCGAAGGGUUAAGGGAAGUAAGUCUAAGUCUGUUUCGGAGAAGGUAGAAUUGAAAUCGAAGGUAGCGAUGGUGAAAGAAGAGUUCUUUGUUGUUCGGAAAGGGGAUUUAGUUGGCGUUUACAAGAAUUUCAGUGAUUGUCAGGCACAAGUCGGAUCAUCGAUAUGUGAUCCUCCUGUCAGUGUGUACAAAGGUCAGGCGAUGCCUAAGGAUGCAGAAACAUAUCUUCUCUCUUGUGGGCUAAAAAAUGCGCUAUAUUCCAUCCGCGCUGCAGAUUUAACUGAAGGACUGUUUGGUACUCUUGUGGCAUGCCCUUUUCUGGAACCAUCUCAAUCCAGAGGAGAAACACCUAGUGAUGUGCUUCCGCGAAAGCGAUUGCAGGAACUGCUUGGUCCAGAAAUUUCAAAAGAAUCUGGGUCUUUAUCACUUUCAAAUUCUUCCCGAAAGCACCCGAAGUUAGAACAGCAUCUCAAAACGGAUGUGCUGUUUUCUGGACCCUCGUGUAUACUUGAAUUUGAUGGUGCAUCGAAAGGAAAUCCUGGACAAGCUGGUGCAGGAGUUGUUCUGCGAGCUGAUGAUGGCACUGUGAUUUGUAGGUUACGUGAAGGUCUGGGUAUAGCAACCAAUAAUGUUGCUGAAUAUAGAGCUAUGAUUUUAGGAUUGCGAUUUGCACUUGAAAAGGGUUUUACAAGUAUCCGGGUUGUGGGCGACUCCAAACUGGUCUGUAUGCAGGUGCAAGGUUUAUGGAAGGUGAAAAAUCAGGGCAUCUCCAGAUGGUUCGAGGAAGCUAAAAAGCUGAAGGACAAGUUUCUCUCUUUUGAGAUAACUCACGUUUUGAGGGACCUGAAUUCCGAGGCUGAUGCUCAAGCCAACUUGGCAGUUUCACUUGCUGAUGGCCAAGUGCAGGAGGACCCUGGCGAAUAGCUUACGGAACUAUCCCAAGAAUAGGCACCCACAAUCUUGCACCUGGAAAUUUUCCGGAAGCUUAUAGCGAUGAAUUUUAACAGCAACGCUAGAUAGGUGAUUUGUUCAUCAACCACAUGAUCCAGGAAAUAAAUUAUAUGAUUGGUUUUUGAUAUGAACCAACUUAACAUUUUUUGCCAAGUUGAUAGCUACCAACUCGGUCUAUUUCAGGGUGACAUAUAUUUGUAUGUUACUCAAGUUAGUACUGGUGUUUAUUUUGUCCAAUUGUAAAGUAAAAGCAUUUGUCACCAAGCAAAUACUGUACUUUUUUCUCACUA